AUGAACGAUUUUGGUGACAAUGCGCUCGAUUUCGAUGUUCUGAUGUACAUCCACUAUGGCAAAAAGGAUCCAAAACUCAUCUCCAAGUUAUUCAGCGCUCAUCAGCAGACAGUGAUCAAAGAACGAGCUGCCGCCGUCGAUGUUCCAACUGCUUCUCAAGUGUUGGAGUUCUUCAAAAACAAUAGAAAGAGACCAGCAACAAAUGCUAACAAUAAAGCCGCCUCAAGUGAUUCUGAUUCGAGCUCAGUUGAUGAACCUCCAAAGAAGAAAGUUCCAGUACAACCCAUUGCUGCACAGAAAAAGGCUGCAGCAUCUUCUGAUGAUGAUUCGGACGAGGAAAUUGCGAAGAAUCCGCCACAAGCUGCAGCCAAGAAGCCGAUCAACGGAACGAUGUCUUCCAAGAAAGCUUCUUCUGAAUCUGAUUCCGAUUCGGACGAUGAGUCACCAGCAAAGAAAACCCCAGUCAAACCAGUUGUUGCUCAGAAGAAGGCCGCCACAUCAUCGGAUGAUUCGUCGUCAGACGAGGAAGUUGCAAAGAAAACACCACAAUCAGCGCCUAAGAAAGCUUCACCCGCAGCCGCCAAGAAAACGGCAUCAAGCGACUCUGACUCCGACUCUGAGGAUGAACCACCAGCAAAGAAAACGCCAGUUAAGCCAGUUGUUGCUCAGAAGAAGGCUGCUGCUUCAUCGGAUGAGUCGUCGUCGGAUGAGGAAGUUGCGAAGAAAACACCACAAUCAGCCGUCAAGAAACCAAUUAUUUCUGCGAAAACCACACCGGUAACAAAGAAGGCCGAAUCCUCAAGCGACUCUGAUUCAGAAGAUGAAACACCAAAGAAGAAAAUCCCCGUUCAACCAGUCGUUGCUCAGAAAAAAGCGGCCGCAUCAUCGGAUGAUUCUUCGUCGGAUGAGGAGGUUGCGAAAAAGCCACAAGCUGUAGCUAAGACGCCAGUGACUGCUACGAAGGCCUCCCCCGCAGUCACCAAGAAGCCUGAAUCCUCAAGCGACUCUGAUUCUGAUGAUGAACCACCAGCAAAGAAAACACCAGUGAAAACAGCUGUUGCUCAGAAGAAGGCUGCCGCUUCAUCGGAUGAGUCGUCGUCGGAUGAGGAAGCUCCAAAGAAAGCACCACAAUCAGCGACCAAAAAACCAGUCACUGGCACGAAAGCCUCGCCUGUAGUCACCAAGAAGCCCGAAUCCUCAAGCGACUCUGAUUCUGAUGAUGAACCACCAGCAAAGAAAACACCAGUGAAACCAGUUGUUGCUCAGAAGAAAGCUGCUGCUGCAUCAAGUGACUCUUCGUCGGAUGAGGAGGUUGCAAAGAAACCAGCACCAAUGAUGGCCAAUAAAUCACUGACGAAAACCUCACCCGCAGUGGCCAAGAAAGCUGCCUCUUCAAGCGAAUCCUCUGACUCGGACGAUGAACCGUCUACAAAGAAGACUCCAGUAAAGCCAGUAGCGGCUAUCCAAAAAAAACCAGUUGAAUCUUCUGACGAUGACUCGUCAGAUGAAGAAGUUGUGAAGAAAACACCAGUUGUUGCAAAGACUCCCGCGAAGGCUUCACCCGCAGCCGCCAAGAAAACGGCAUCAAGUGACUCUGACUCCGACUCUGAUGAAGCACCAGCAAAGAAAACGCCAGUGAAGCCAGUUGUUGCUCAGAAGAAAGCUGCUGCUUCAUCGGAUGAGUCGUCGUCGGAUGAGGAAGUUGCGAAGAAAACACCACAAUCAGCCGUCAAGAAACCAAUUAUUUCUGCGAAAACCACACCGGUAACAAAGAAGGCCGAAUCCUCAAGCGACUCUGAUUCAGAAGAUGAAACACCAAAGAAGAAAAUCCCCGUUCAACCAGUCGUUGCUCAGAAAAAAGCUGCCGCAUCAUCUGAUGAUUCUUCGUCGGAUGAGGAGGUUGCGAAGAAACCGGUCAAUGUCCCGAAAGCCUCGCCCGCAGUCACCAAGAAGCCUGAAGCUUCAAGCGACUCUGAUUCUGAUGAUGAACCACCAGCAAAGAAAACACCAGCGAAACCAGUUGUUGCUCAGAAGAAGGCUGCCGCAUCAUCGGAUGAUUCUUCGUCGGAUGAGGAAGCUCCAAAGAAAAGUGCACCAACGACACCAGCUGUCAAGAGUCUAACCAAUGGCCUGAAGGCUUCCCCUGCAGUGAGCAAGAAGACCGCAGCUUCGAGUGAAUCGGAUUCGGACUCGGAUGAUGAACCACCAAAGAAGAAAGUUCCGGUGCAACCAGUCGCCCCUCAGAAAAGAGCUGUCACAUCUUCCGAUGAUGAUUCGGACGAGGAAGUCGCAAAGAAACCACUCAAUGGCACGAAAGCAUCAGCCAAGAAUGCCGAAGCUUCAAGCAACUCUGAUUCGGAAGACGAGUUGCCAAAGAAGCAACCCCUUGUCACUCCAAAUGAAGAAACUGAUAAUGCAAAAAAAUGGCAAGACGCAAAGAGAAAGUCAAAUGAACCUUAUCGCCGUGUCACCAUUAGUAAGGAUGAGGUUGCAGAAAAGUUCCGAGACAAUAGCUUUGAUGGGAGAUUCGACAAAUGGGGAUCGCAGGCGCACGAUAAGUUGAGCAAAGUUCAAGGCAAGAACUUCCGACACGAGAAGACGAAAAAGAAGAAGGGAAGCUAUGGAGGAGGUCCAAUCUCGAUGGGAGUCAACUCGACAAAGUUCUCCGAUUCGGAA